UGCCGUUCACAAGAGUCCCUUACCUGUGCGGAACAAAGAGUGAAUUGGAGAUGGAAAGGCGCCCCCGUGCCAAUGACCAAAUAAGGGCGAGCGAGUGUGCCCGCGCACUGAACGCAUAGGCUUUUUUUGUGAAUGUUCUAACAAUUCGGGGGGCAUGCAUUUUGGUGUUUUGAGUUAAGGUACAUUUGGACUUCUGAUUCUUACGCUGUCAGUCUUUAAUUUGUGUUUUUCACCUGGAUUUAAUCACUGAAUGCUCAAUGGAAAGAUAAAGGGACAGAGUGUGCACCAAGAAAAUAACUCACAUCCAAGAGAUCCAACAAGUGGCUGAAUUAAUAUUAUCUCUCUGCAUGAACUACUGGACAGAAACAACGGAUUAAGCAUCGUUGAAUUGUCUCAUUGUCUUUGUCUGUCUCUCUUCUACCGCAGUGAGAUAAACCGCUGGUAUUUUUUAUUUGCAUGUUGCGCUGAAAGCUCACUGGCAGUGUUUCUCAGCAGAUGGAGUGGCCGUGAUGUGUUUAGUUUUGUUCAGCUAAUAGCCAUUAUAAGUGUGGCAAUUUAGGCAUUUUUCAAAAUUUGACAAUUAAUUGCCUCAACCUAGGCUAGAUCAAUCUCGCAAUGUGUGUAACAAAUAACUGUCGAGUAUCCAGAUAAAUAAAAAGGAGAUACUGUGACAACGUCACGUUUAUAAAAAUAAUAAUAAUCUAUUAGGCUUCUUAGUGUUAAUUUACCAAAGAACGGGGGAGGAAUUCACGGAUCUUCUCCUCUCUCCUGCCUCUCGAUCCUGUGGCCACAGCGGUUCCUUCCUAUCCAUGACCCCCGCACCCUCUUUGAAAGUAAAGUUGUGAACGACUCUCUGAAGAACCACUCAUAUGAAGACCAGGGCACAGGUGGCAGCCCCAGACCGUCACCGCAGCCAUGCCUAUCAUGCAUCCAAUCACCUCCAAUUUGAUGUACCGGGGCAUCUGCACUAUCCCGGACAUGCUCGCCUACCGAGCCCCGGUCAACCUGCCAGAGGACGAGGUGGAAGAGAUCCGCGAGGCGUUCAAGGUGUUUGACCGUGAUGGGAAUGGCUUUAUCUCCAAGCAGGAGCUAGGCAUGGCCAUGAGGUCCCUGGGAUACAUGCCCAACGAGGUGGAGCUGGAGGUCAUCAUACAGAGACUGGACAUGGAUGGUGAUGGUCAGGUGGAUUUUGAGGAGUUUGUCACUCUCCUGGGACCCAAGCUGACAGCAGCCGGAAUGCCUGACAAGUUUCAUGGAACCGACUUUGACUCCGUGUUCUGGAAGACUGACAUGCAGAAGCUGACAGUGGAGGAGCUGAAGAGGCUGCUCUACGAUACGUUCUGCGACCACCUAACCAUGAAGGACAUCGAGAACAUCAUCAUGACCGAGGAGAGCCAUAUAGAGAACCCAGGGGCCUGCCAGGUGGAUAUAGACACUAGUCCAACGCAGCAAGUCAAGCAGACGUGUGUACGCAAGAGCCUGAUAUGUGCAUUCGCCAUCGCUUUCAUCAUCAGCGUCAUGCUUAUCGCAGCCAAUCAGGUGCUGCGGAGCGGCAUGAAGUAGACGGGGACAGCUAUGGCCUCCUGACUCUCUGGAAGAGACUACUGUAAGACACCUGGACAACCACAACCAUGACCACAACAAUGACAAAAACAACAGACAAUCAAACCACCAUUAAAAUAAACUUAAAGAAAAGGCAUACAUGGCUCUCAUCCAAUUGACUUCAUGGGCAUAUUUCUCAACUUGCUCCUUAAACUCCUUUCUGAAUGGAACCCAUUGAGACCCUACUACGGUGGUCUGGAGGAUGACCAUCAUCUGUGCAUGAAGUGCAUGGAUUUAACCAGUCGUCUCUUGAAACAUUUGUAGAAGUUAUUAUAAGUGUAUAUCCAUAUGACUGUGUAACAAACAUAGGUGUGUUUUAAUUCACGUAUGGCCAACUGUGACCACUUUUGUUAAUGAAGUUGGGGUCGAGGUCAAGGUGUCAGGUUAAGGGUCAAAGUUUAGGGGUCAGGGCAGGGAAUGGAGAAUGAGUUUUUACAUCUGUACUGUGUACCAAAUAAACAACAAAAAAAGUUUCACAGUUCUGCAUGAACAUAAGGGCUGUUUGUAGACUACAUGCUCGUAUUGUAAAAGUCGUUUUUUGGGGAACUGUUCUUAUCGACAUACUGUGGACUAUUAACUUCACUGAGCACCCCAUGAUGAUCAUCAUAAUGUAUCUUACUGCCAAUGAAAAACAAACAGCUCAGACGUGAUGGAUUGAUAUUAGCAUAUCACUGAGAAAUCCUAAAGUAUAUUCUUGAUAUGUGACUUAUAUGCAUAAUAAUAUACAAAGAAGAGGGGUGUUAGCUCUGCAUAAGGAGAAGAUGAAUGAUGGAAUGUAUUUUGUGCUCCUUGGUUGUGGUCAGUUCAAAAACAUUGCUAUAUUGAGCAAUAAAUCAUGAGUAUACAUAUCAAAUGUGAUAUCACCGGCCACACAUGAUCUUUAUAGUCCUUUAUGCUCAUCCAUAGUGCAGCCCUGUGCUGGAGAAUCAAAGCAGGAGCAAUGACCUUCAAUCUGUUUCUGUCCCAUGGUAGGUCCUUGUUGUCCAUGGGAUGCAAUACUAUGAGAUAAAAUAAAAAUAACUAUAAUCUUUAAAGGUAAACAGUCAUUCUGAAAAGUACUUUUUCUCUCAUGACUAACUACUAGGAAGUUUAAAAAGACAGACUGAGUGGCGGGGAGCUUAUAUUCAUGAGCUCAUCGUGACUGACAGCUCUUUGAAAUCCCUAUGUCAAGCAACUUGGAUGUUUUGAGCAGUGUUGCAGUAAAAUCGUCUCAAACACAUUUGGUAAUACACAAAGCAACUCAAAUAACGUUGAAAUUGCAUCAAUUAUAUAUAUAUAAUUUGUUUUAUACAUCUCCUGUUUGGCAUGUCUCUUGCGAUGCGGUUCACAGCAGCACUGACGGAUGUUAAUUAUGU